CAUCAUGCAUGAGCCUUGUGGGCUAAAGUUGUGGCUUCCUGUGCUCCUCUUAUUGGAAAUUCUUUGCCAUCUGGGCAUCUGGUGGCCACUCUCUCUGAUCUUGCUUGCCACCCUCCCUCCUUUUCAUGCUGAUUUUGAUGUGGGCUUCUCUCUUCCCAGAGGCAGACCGAGCUUUGAAACUAGUUUCUCUUGGAACCUGUUGUUCCUAUCCAAGCAUUUUAUUUCCUUGCUUGUAGAAAAGAUUUUUUCUUGGUUUCGUCCAUCAAGUUCUUCUGGUUCUAUGCUAUUUCGGUGCAUGUUUCUGUGGGUUAGUAGUAACCCUUGAGUUCAUCCUCCGCGCACCUCUGUUCCUGCCUCUCAAUUCUUUCGCCAGAUGUUCUUGUUCCCUUGUGCUUGUUGGUUGCAUCCAUAAGUAACCCCUUAAGCUAAGAAUCCUGCAAGAGCUUUGGAGGGUUGGUGAGGCUUCAAAUUUCCUUGACAAGGCAAGGCAGCCAUGAUGAGCUUCAAAAGCCAUGAUGGAUUUGGGCAGGUCGCCGCUCUGAGCCAGGCCUCCAAUGGCGCCGGAGCCCCACUGCCAUGGUGGGCGGGGUCCCAGCUGCUGUACGGCGAGCCGGCGCCCCUGUCGCCGGAGGAGACGCGCCGGGACGACCAGUUCCAGGUCGUGCCGGGAGCUCAGGGCGCGCCGGAUCCAGCGCCACAGGCAGCGGCGAAGAGAGGGGGCCCUGAGACCCUGAAAUUCUCUGUGUUCCAAGGGAAUUUGGAGUCAGGAGAGAAAGCCCCGGAGCACUCUGCCACCAUUGCGCUGCAGUCACCAUUCCCCGAAUACAAUGGCCGUUUUGAGAUUGGUCUUGGUCAAUCCAUGGUCUCUUCCAAUUACUCUUGUGCUGACCAGUGCCAUGGCCUGCUUACCACUUAUGCAAUGAGACCAAUGUCUGGUGGGAGAAUGCUCUUGCCACUGAACGCACCGGCCGAUGCACCAAUCUAUGUGAAUCCAAAGCAGUACGAGGGCAUCCUCCGCCGCCGCCGUGCUCGCGCCAAGGCGGAGAGGGAUAACAGGCUGGUGAAGGGCAGAAAGCCGUAUCUCCAUGAGUCGCGCCAUCUCCACGCGAUGCGCCGAGCAAGAGGCUCCGGUGGGCGCUUCCUCAACACGAAGCAAAAGGAGGCAGCUGCGAAAGGAAGCAGCAAGAUGGCAGGACCUGCGCGCCUCGGCACGUCUUGCUCCGAGGUUCCACAGCCGGGGCUCGGCAACAACCCGCGCUGCCACUCCCGGAGCAGUGUCUCAAGCCUGUCUGGUUCAGAUGUAUCAAGCAUCUAUGAUCAUCACGAUGACGCGGACCACUACAACGGCAUCGAGCACCUCCGGACGCCCUUCUUCACCCCGCUGCCAUCCAUCAUGGACGGCGAGCAUGGGGCCGCCGCCAUCCCCUCCUUCAAGUGGGCAACCGCCGCCACCGGUGACGGUUGCUGCGAGCUCCUCAAGGCAUGAACCGAGGAGGGGAUGGGUACUCAGACAGCCAGCCAACUGAAGGCUGGCUGUCUGUAGGCAAAUCAUUCUUGGCUGUUCUGCAUUGGGGUUGCACCAACCUACCCUGUCCCUGAAACUUUACAGUGGUGGGUUUCUGAUGCUGGAGCUCCCCAUAUGCCUGUAAUGUAGUGUAUUUAAAGCACUGCUAGUCAGUACUUGCUAGCACUGUGUCAGUAUGAAUUAUGUGUUGUCCGGUUGAUCAGUAUCUGAAUAAUUGAAGUGUCAGACUUCAGGGUUAA